UGCGUGCAGCUGACAGUGGCGUGGAGCAGUUCACCUUCCGUAGAGAUGACAUAAACAAGCUUCACUCCUGGUCAGUUCUAACUGGUUCUCCUCAUUGUUUCUUCUUCCUGAUUGACUCUCCUGUUUAAAGAUGCCCGCUGGAGUAUCCUGGCCUCGGUACAUGAGGAUGUUUGUGGCCAGUGUUCUGUCCAUGUUUGCUGGAGCUCAGGUAGUGCAUCAGUACUACCUCCCAGACCUGAGUGUUCCCGAGAUUCCUCCUAAACCUGGAGAGCUACGAACAGAACUGAGAGGGUACAAACUGAGAGAGGAGGCCCGAGCUGCUCUGGAGAAGAUCAAAAAUGAACAAAAACUGGAUUAAAAAAAGACUUAAACUCCACAGAACUGUGAUGGAACCAGUGACAGAACAGGACAGAUACAAAUACAGCUCGGCUUUGGUUCUGUCAACAAUGAAUUUAAGCAAAGAAACUUAUAAUUUGAUUGUGAUGGCCCACAAUACUGUUGAGAGACAAAACAAUAUCAUGUUAUUUUGAUUAUUGUUACAUCCCUAGUCAUGAACUAAACAAAGCUAAACUAAAUAUAUGGAUUUAAAUGGACUUGAACAAACCCCAGAGUCCUAUUGUUUACACUGAGAGUCAACUGCUGCAGAGAUGGGACAAUACACUGUGUAAGUGUUUAUGUGAACCUACCCACAGUAUCAUGAGGG